AACUGUAAGGCUGCACGCGGAGUGCGUUAGAGGCGUGGCAUUGCUUUAACGCUUCUUUCUCUUUGCACGUCAGUAAAUUCAACCUCUAACAGACAUUUUGUAUUUCCACGCAUUCGUGAAACCGAGCAAAUCCUUUUCGCUAUGGAUAGCUGGAAGCCUCUGAAACUUGAAUUUCUCUUACAUUAUUACGCCGAUCUGCAGCGCGCAGCAAGAAAUCUAGAAAGUUGUUUCCUUUCUUGAGGAUUGUCAUUCUUAUCCAACAUUGACUGCUUGACCUUUGCUCUUCUGGUGGAUUCUACAGCAAACAGCAAGUACUUGUUUAUUUUGCUAAAGAACACAAAAUAGAUUCUUUGCAGGAAGAAAAUAAAAAAAGCGACUUUUAUCAGGCCAAUUUAAAUGACCAUGUCGAAGUCAAAACGAAAUUUUAACAAUGACCUCGCGGACUACAAAAAGGGCGAUAAAGUGACAAUAGAUGUAAAACAAUGGAAGACGAUCAUAACGAGCUUGAUUGAACAUCGAAUCACGGAUGAAAUGCCCCCGAUUCUGGCACGGAGCGAAGGAAGUAUGUACGUGGGAAACACUGGGCUUGCCUAUAUGUACUUCCACAUCUCCAUGUUGGAUGUCUUUCAAGAGGAGCGUUGGGAGUAUCUUCGAUGCGGACAGGAGUACUUUAACAUCGCCUUGGAAUACACUCGAUUUUAUCUGAAGGACGAGGAGCUGGGCCCGUCGCUGAUGCUGGGUGCAGCCGGCACUUACAUGGUGGGUGCGCUGAUCUCCAAUGCGUUGGAUGACACGAAAACCUGUCAAAAGUGCGUCGAUGCCUACCUGGCCCUGGGUAAGGUGUGCAUCAAGCCCCACUUCCUGAAGCAGGUGCCAACGAGCUGUUCGUUGGACGAGCUGGCUACCUGUGUGGCAUCCUUAACAUGCAGCGCUGGCUGGGCAAACAGAUCAUCGACGACCGCAGCUGAAAACCACGUGUCACAUGAUUGUGGAGACUGGGCGAGAGUAUUCAAAAACCCACAAUCCAGCUCGCCUUUAAUGUACGCGUACUACGGAACAGAAUACUUGGGUGCAUCCCAUGGGCUAACGAGCAUCCUCCUGAUGUUGCUGUCCUUCCCCGAGUACCUGAGAGCCGAACCUUCGGCUGAGCAACACAUCCAAGAGACAGUCAACUACCUGCUGUCGUUGCAGCAGCCCGACUUCAACUUUCCCCCCUCUAUCGACGAGGUCAAAGGCUCCUUCCACCGGCCAGAAUCCGAGCAGCUCGUGCACUGGUGUCACGGUGCUCCUGGCAUGGUCUACCUGUUUGCAAAAGCAUACCGCUUUUGGGGCGAUGAAAAAUAUCUACAGGCAUGUAUUGAGUGUGGCGAGAUCGCUUGGAAGAAAGGACUGCUCCGUAAAGGUCCUGGUCUGUGUCAUGGUGUGGCGGGCUGUGGCUACGUGUUCCUGCUCCUGCACCGCCUGACUGGUGAUGUCAAGUUCCUCCACCGAAGCCUGCAGUUCGCGCGCUUCGUGUUGUCCCCCGAUUUCAAACAAUACGCCAAAAUUCCAGAUUCUCCCUUCAGCCUCUUCGAAGGUUGGGGUGGAGCUGUUUGCUUUAUGGCCGAUUUGUUGCAGCCAGAGAAAGCUGCUUUCCCAUUGCUUGACGUUUUAGAGUUUUGAAAAAAAAAAUCAAAACAAAAUCCCCGUGUCUAGUACGAUCGACUGCAAAACAGGCACACGCAAGUUUGAGACUGGCAGACAGCCCCUGGUAGCUCAGCACACGGGUAGAUGUACGCUCAUACAACCAGUUGUGAAAACUUAAAAAAAAAAAAACUGUAAACGUAUAUGACCUAAUACGUGUUUAUGUAUGCAUUCAUGUAUGUAAUGAUCUGUUGUUAAAAUACAAACCGAGACAAUGUUUUCUAUUUUUCUGAGCUGUAAAUUUGCUUCCUAUAUCUGCAACCCAGGUAUUGCCAUACUAAAGCCGAAAAAAUAAUUUUAAAAAAGGAAUGGGAAUAUGCGGAUCAUUAAUUACUUGUUAACACUUGAAUAAAGUCGUGAAAAUGAC